AUGGAAGAUGUGAUCGAUAAUUGCCAGACCACAUUUGAAGAGGACGGGGUUGGCCAGCAAACGCUGGAGGAUCUGAGAUUGACCUGGCAGACAAAACUAUCAGCGCUAAAAGUUGGCUCUUUUCCAUGGGAGCCACCUCCAGCGCCACAACCAAUGCCAAACCCAACACUUCCCUCCAAUGUACCUCGCCCUCAAGUAUCCUCGAGCGCAAUACCGGGAACCUCCUCGCCAGGCUCUGGUGUUCCCCCAGGACCACGUAUCAAGACGGAGCCAGGGGAGGCACCUACCAUCCCAAACUUGCCGCCCAAUUACGGCAACAACGACGCGCGGGAACGUGCCGUAGCUCAACUUCAACAGAGAUUCGGCGCCGAUGCAACUUCUCAAAUUAGUCAGAUCCAGUCGCAAAUGAUCCCCAAUGGUCAAGCUCGAGUACUUCCGCCGACCAACUCCUCUAGACCCAACAUGACUCCUGAGCAACAAAGGGAGCGACAGGCCCUGUACCAGCGUCAACAACACGCAGCGGCAUUGCAGCAAAUCCAACAGCAGAAAAGUCGCCAACAAGCUGUAAACCCUCCGCAAACCAAUGGAUCCGGGCAAUGGGACGGUUAUGUUGCUGAGCGCCGCGCCAGAGCAAUGGAGGAUAACAAAGAAGCAGAUACGACAAUUCGGCAAAAGGUCGAGCAAAUGAGCCGUGACAGAGAGGGCGGUGGUCUUAUCCUGCCCCUUUCAGAGCAGUCAAGCCUUCCUCAAAAUAAGCGGAGAAAGAUAGACUCCGACCAGUCGGCUGGGAUGUCUCAAGUGGAUGGGGCGAAUGACGAUGACGAUGAGGAUAGUAAAUCCAAUAUCAAAGACGAGAAGGACGAGCUAUUCGAUGAUGACGAAGACGCUAUCAAUUCGGAACUGGAUGAUUCGGACGAUAAUGAGAUUGAAGGGGAGCCAGAUGAUGGCAAGCCUACGCAGGUGAUGCUGUGCACCUACGACAAGGUGCAGCGUGUUAAGAACAAGUGGAAGUGUACGCUUAGGGAUGGCGUUUUGAAUUCCGGAGGGAAGGAGUAA